CAAAACUAUCAAAUUGUCUGACCUCUUCAAUCACAAAAACAACUCACUUCCCCCCUGCACAGUUGCUAUCACUACCCAUCCAUGGUCACUCUGCAAACCCACUCCCAAUAUCUCAGCUUCACCAUCUCUUCUUCUCCAAGGUUUCUCCGUUUUAGAAACCCAUCAACUCUUUCCUUUCACAGGAAGCUCUUAUUUCCCAGGAAAACCAUCGGAGUCCGGAGGAAUUCAUGUUUACAAGUUAAAGGGUCUUAUAGAAAGGAUGACUCCCUUCCAACUGUUGAUGAGGAUCCAGGGAUCGAGAGGCCUCCGUUCGAUAUCAAUUUGGCUGUCAUUCUUGCUGGUUUUGCAUUUGAAGCGUAUACUAGCCCUCCAGAAAAUGCAGGAAAGCAUGAAGUGGAUGCGGCAAAUUGCCAAACUGUUUUUCUUUCAGAGUCAUUUGUACGUGAAAUUUAUGAUGGUCAGCUGCUCAUAAAACUGAAGAGAGGUAUUGAUCUUCCUGCCAUGGAUCCAUGGGGGACAAGUGAUCCAUAUGUGAUCAUGCAGUUGGAUAGCGCUGUUGCCAAAAGCAAGGUCAAAUGGGGGACCAAAGAACCAACUUGGAAUGAGGAGUUUGCUCUAAAUAUCAAACAACCACCGGUUAAGGAUCUUCAGCUUGCAGCUUGGGAUGCUAACCUUGUGACUCCACAUAAGCGCAUGGGAAAUGCAUCCGUUAAUUUGGAAAGCCUUUGUGAUGGAGAAAUGCAUGAAGUGGUUGUUGGUUUGCAGGGCAUGGGAGGUGGUGGAAAGUUACAGAUAGAGAUUAAAUACAAGAGUUUUGAUAAAGUUCAUGAAGAAAAGAAGUGGUGGCACAUUCCAAUAAUUACAGAACUUCUUGAGAAAAAUGGUUUUGAAUCUGCAUUGAAGACAAUUCUUGGCUCAGAGGUGGUGCAAGCACGGGAGUUUGUUCAGUUUGCUUUUCCACAGCUAAAGUUGUUUAAUAACGCUGACAUUCAAAAGGAGCAGACUUCAAAUGAAACUGAUGAAAUAGUAAAACCUUCUGAGCAUUCUAUGGAACAUGUUGCACUUUCAACAUUAGAAAGCUCUUUAAGUUAUUCAAACCGGCCAGAUAGGCUUCAAGAUCCAGAGUGCUCCCCAAGUGGCUCAAAGCGGGAUGAACUUAAUCCUUCAGGGACUCACAUUGUUAAGGCCUCACUGUCUGAUAAGAGUUUUUGGAAAAACUUUGCUGAAAUGGUGAAUCAUAAUGUUGUUCAGAGACUUGGUUUCCCAGCUUUUGAGAAAAUAAGGUGGGAUGAAUUGGACUUCUUAAAUAAAAUUGGGUUGCAAUUUCAAGAAGUGGCAGAGGCAGGUUAUAUUGAAUCUGGACUUGCUACUCCUGAAAAACAGGAGACUCUUAAUAGUGAUGGAUCAACUGAACGGUCUGUAUCACAAAUAAUUAACACCAUUCAGUCAUCUUUGCCAGAUAUUAAGAAGGCAACAGGAGAUUUGUUACGACAGGCUGAUUCCAUUUUGGGUGCUCAUAUGGUUCUAAAUUCUACUGCUUCCAAGUUGAACAAAGAAGUGAGACUUAUAGGAAGUGGUGACACAAAUAAGGACUCAGCAAAUGAAAUAAAGAGUGAUGUUUACGGAUAUUCAAUGCAUAACUGCGGAACGUUGUUAAAUGAAAAGAAUGCCGAGGAAAUGAGGGAACUUUUUACAAAAGCAGAGACGGCUAUGGAGGCUUGGGCGAUGCUAGCCACAUCCUUGGGGCACCCAACGUUUAUCAAAUCUGAAUUUGAUAAGAUAUGCUUCUUAGAUAACUCAUCCACUGACACUCAGGUUGCGCUUUGGCGAGAUCAAUCUCGUAAAAGAUUAGUUGUUGCUUUCAGAGGAACAGAACAAGCUAGAUGGAAAGAUCUUCGGACGGAUUUAAUGGUGGUUCCAACAGGGCUAAACCCUGAAAGGAUAGGAGGUGAUUUCAAGCAGGAAGUUCAGGUUCAUAGUGGUUUCUUAAGUGCAUAUGAUUCUGUCAGAACAAAGCUUAUCUUACUUAUCAAGAAAGCAAUCGGAUAUGUAGACAAUGGCAUCAAAGUGAUCAUACCAAUACCUGAGUGGCAUGUUUAUGUAACUGGUCAUAGCUUAGGUGGCGCUUUGGCUACGCUUCUUGCUCUUGAAUUAUCAUCAAGUCAAUUGGCAAAGAGGGGAGCUGUCUCUGUGACUAUGUACAAUUUUGGAUCUCCAAGGGUUGGGAACAAACCAUUUGCUGAAGUGUAUAAUGAGAAAGUUAAAGAUAGCUGGAGGGUUGUAAAUCACAGAGAUAUAAUUCCAACAGUUCCGCGUUUAAUGGGCUACUGCCAUGUAGCUCAACCUGUUUAUCUCGCAGCAGGAGAUCUGAAACAUGCAAUGCCCAACAUCGAACAAUUGGAAGACGGUUACCAAGGAGAUAUUAUUGGGGAAACCACACCUGAUGUUAUUGUCAGCGAAUUUAUGAAAGGCGAGAAGGAACUUAUUGAGAAGAUAUUGAACACGGAGAUCAAUAUCUUUCGAGCUAUCAGAGAUGGAAGUGCACUUAUGCAGCAUAUGGAAGAUUUCUAUUAUAUAACACUGCUUGAGAAUGUGAGAUCGAAUUACCAAACUGUCACGUCACAACCAGCUGAAGAUAGAAGUACAUCAAUUGGUUGACGGAAGACAUGAUUGUGGUACAAUCACUUCAUGAUUUAUGUAAUUCCUGUAAUUGUGUUUUUUUGUUCAUCAACGACAUCAAGAUGGUGGAUCUAGUCCACACUUAUUAAUUUCUUACAUCCCAAAUAGAUUAAGGGAGUGUUUGGUUCAAGGUGAUAUCUUAUGCAUGGCGGAAUCUCAUGCCCGG